AUGCAUUGAUAGGGUUCAACCAUGUUACGUUUAUUAGCUAAAUGAAGGCCUUGACACUUCUUAACAAACCCCGCGCGGUUUCUCUUUUGUUUCGUUUGACUAGCCUUCAUUAACAGCUAGGGUUUAAGGAACGGAAGCUUACACUUCAAUGGCUUGGUGGGAAGGCUCCGACGAAACCCGUCUUCUCAUCGCAGCAGAUACUGCUGAAACCGGAAACGACGCCGGGCAAUUGCUUUCGCUACGCCAUCCCAAGUCCGGAAACAAAAUGUGCUACCUUUUUGUAAAUGAGGUGCUUCAGGAACUUAAUUGGUUCAAGCAAUCCUACACUUCUUGGUUUCUGGGUGAUUACGUUGCUGAAGAUGGUGGAUUGUAUACUGCCACUCCAGUUGACCCUGUGUUCAUUUUCUUGCCCAUUUUCGAAGAAGCUAGAAUGAAGAAGGGGGAUGAUCCUGGGAAGUUCAGGCUUUUAGAUGAUAUAAUCUUCAUCGAAGGCUAUCCUGGAUAUCAUAAACUACUGUCCAUUGCGGAGAACUGUAUGCAAUUAGUUUGCGAAAUUAAAGAAAUUGGAUCCUCGAAAUUUUUUAGGCUGGAUGAUUCCAAGGUUCUGGCUUGGUUGUACCACAAGGUCUGUCAGCUAAAACAGACACUAUCCACUUUGGACCAUAAUUAUGCUGCACGGGAAGAGAAAGACAUAUUGACUGAUGCAGUUUCAGUAUUAGGGGAAUACGUGAAGGAUGAACCCUGGUUGAAGCUUUUGAGUGACCGUUUGAGGAUAGAUUUUACAGAAGCAACAAGAAAAACGUCAGAUAUCGAAUUUCUCCCAACUGCCACAGGAAGUGACCUGGGGCCUUUUAAUGGUUUACAGGAAAAGAGUAAGAGCGAGAAUAAGCCUACCCGAUCUGGAAGGCAAGCGAAGAAGGCCAAAGUGGAGACGGAAUCACAUAACAUCAGAGAUAUGUUUACUAGGGCUUCUUCAAGAAGGAAAAAGUGAACCAUUUGAAAUCGAAACACACUUGUGUAGAGUGUGAAUCAUGAAGUUCCUUCGUGAUUCGGUUUGCCAAUUGGAACCGACUUUGAUUAGCAAACAAUUAAAACAUCAGCAUUGACUAACCUGCUGCUGCCUUGUAAUGCGUCGACUCUAUCAUUGAUUCGUGUCACAGUGAUUAGUAACUUGUUUCUCAAGUUUGAUAAUGUUCAAUUAGUAACAUCUGAGUUUGGCACAUCAUGAUGUAUCGUGCACAACUUUGUUUAGUUUGUUGAAUAUGUACUGCAAAUUUCUGUUCAGAGGAAAGCUAAGCACAGUAACCACCGUGCGGGGAUGGGUGACUCUUAGUUGUUGGACGGACGGACGAAAUUAGGUCCCACCUUGGUACCAGUGUCCAUUAACGGUUGACAGCCCCUCACCAUGGAACCUGUGUUCGUUAAUGCUUGACAGUCACCCACACGCGACCUUGCUGUGGUGUCUUGCAAUACAAGUUGCAAUCUCAAUUGCGCUCCACCCGUUCGGCCCAUGAAUUUGUCAUGCCGUUGGUAGAGUCGGGCCUUGAAAUUCGUCGACCAUAUCUGAUCGUUUGAAUGUGACUAUGAAUAGUGUUUUUUUCUUUCUUUAAAUGUUAGGAUUUAGUCUUUUUUUUUUUGCCCACCCCUUUCUCUGAGGAGUACUCUCUGUGGCUUUUAUUCCUUGGAAUUUGUAUAAAUAUAUUCGAGGCAGGAUUUCAGGAAUAA